UCCCCGUCAACCUCAGCAGCUAGUUGUAAACACUGAAUGCGUGACAUGUUUUGGUAGCUUAACUGCCCUUGUACCUUACUGACAUAUCUCGCACUGACACAUGAUACGAAGAAAGACACACGGACCGAAAGAUGCGUGUUGUUAAGUGAGCGUAUGCAUGUCUUGCCACCUCUUAAUCUCCAGUCAUGGCGAGGAUUUUCUACACACAAAGGCUGUGGACAGCUCUCAGACAUCUGAGCCCACAUAUCACCUUCUCAUCUACAGCCACAGCCAGACUUUCACCUGUGAACCUCUACAGUCUGUUUCUUCCCACCACCUCAUGGCAGUUAGAAGUUUGCUGUCGAAAGCUGCACACUGGGGCGGACAGGCCCGAGCCUUGCCCUGCUGCAGCCCCAGACAGGCUGCCUUUCUCUAGAAUAACUCCGGAAGAUUUGGCCACCUUCAGGAAGAUCCUGCCAGGCAGAACCAUCACUGACCCAGACCUGCUGGAGUCAAGUAAUGUGGAUUGGCUCAAGUCAGUGAGAGGUUCCAGUGAAGUGUUGCUGAGACCUCAGACAACAGAGGAGGUUUCUCAAAUUCUCAAGUAUUGUAACAAUCGUAAUCUGGCGGUGAACCCUCAAGGAGGUAACACUGGGCUGGUUGGGGGCAGCGUCCCAGUUUAUGAUGAAAUCAUCCUCUCCACUGCCCUCAUGAACAACAUCCUUACCUUUGAUGGUAUCGCCGGCAUUCUGACCUGUCAGGCAGGUUGUGUCUUGGAGAACUUGUCCCUUUACCUGGAGGAGAGAGACUACAUCAUGCCACUCGAUCUUGGGGCAAAAGGCAGUUGCCAAAUUGGGGGAAACGUGGCAACUAAUGCAGGUGGACUCCGGCUGCUGAGAUACGGCUCCCUACACGGGACUGUGCUGGGGCUGGAAGUGGUGUUGGCAGAUGGGCAGGUCCUGGACUGCUUGGCCACACUGAGGAAAGAUAACACAGGAUAUGACCUCAAACAGCUCUUUAUAGGGUCAGAGGGCACACUGGGCGUUAUCACCGCAGUGUCUAUCCUUUGUCCACACAAACCCAAAUCUGUUAAUGUGGUUUUUCUGGGCUGUGAGACCUUUCAGAAGCUGCUGAAGACGUUUCAGCUUUGCAGAGGCAUGCUAGGAGAAAUUCUGUCAGCCUAUGAAUUUCUGGAUAGUGAAUGUAUGCGGCUGCUGAAUACACACCUCAAACUACCCAAUCCCAUCUCUGAUUGUCCUUUUUACGUCGUCAUAGAAACAUCUGGAUCUGACCCAACACAUGAUGGGGAGAAACUCAACAAUUUCUUUGAGGAGGCAAUGACAUCGUCAUUGGUUACUGACGGGACUGUUGCAACUGAAGAAUCAAAAAUCAAGGCUCUUUGGUCAAUGCGUGAACGCGUCACAGAGGCGCUGACUCACGAUGGCUUCACUUACAAGUAUGACAUCUCGCUUCCGGUGGAGCGGAUCUACCAGCUGGUGACCGACAUAAGAGAGCACCUGGGGGACCGGGCCAAGAGCGUGGUGGGAUACGGACACGUAGGAGAUGGAAACCUCCACUUGAACAUCACUUCUCCUGCCAAAGACCCCUCUCUCCUCGCCGCUAUUGAGCCCUUUGUCUACGAGUGGACGGCCAGCUGCCACGGCAGCAUCAGCGCUGAGCACGGACUGGGCCUGAAGAAGAGGAACUACAUCUACUACAGUAAACCAGUCCAGGCUGUGGCUCUGAUGGGUACUAUCAAGGCCAUGCUGGACCCCAAGGGUAUUCUCAAUCCAUACAAGACUUUACCAGAUAACCUGAAAUGACACGCUGUGGGGUAGGUGGUUAUGCAGAGCUCAUGCAGGAGCUCCAUUUUAGGUACACCCUUACUGUCACGUGGUUUUUAUGGCAGCUCAUGCCUUUUCCUGCGAUACCUUUGCACAGUUAGUGCAGAGCUGCAGAUUUCGCUAAGCAAGCCACAGACACCUUGUGACAUUUGUUUGCUCAGUAUCUAGAAGUUCAAGAAUUUAGUUUCAGAAUGACAGCUUCUUCAGCAAGCUGCUGACUUUGUACUGAGUCUAUAUAUAUGUAAUAUAACAAUUUAAAUUAAUGCUAAAAUGUAUCAACCACUUCUGCUGUUCACACUUCGAGAGCAACCUUAGUCCACAGAAUAUCCAAGUUUUAGGUGUUAAAUUAAGGACAGUUUGUAUAAUAGAUGAAAAGCUAUUUUUAAGUAUUGCUGGAAGGCAGUGAAUGAUCAUGACUGACAUCUGUAGCCAUUAGUGUACUAGCUAAAGCUAAUGCAAUCUAAUACACCAGGCCUGCAAUGAAUCCUCCAAUGUUCAGUUUUUGUUGAGACUUUUUAGGUGUUAAUUCAACUUUAUGAUCAUUUUGGAGGCUGCAGUUUGUACUGCACUAUACAGAGUGAAAACCCACUCGCUGACAUAAAAAGAGUGAACAAAAUGAUCUUACAACUGUUAUUGUAACUCAAAAGCACCACAAACUACAUGCCUCAAAAUGAUGAUAAAGUUGAAUCAACACCUCCCUAAAACAGUUUCAACAAAAACUAAACAUAACCUUCAUGAAGGUAGGAUUUAUUGCAGCAAAGUUAUAUUAGCCUAUUUUAGCAAGGUGUACCUAAUAAACUAACUGCAUCUUUUCUAAAAUCAGAACACAAGCUGGCUUAUCGUUAGGCAAGAGUGCAGUAAAUGUUUUAUUACAUGUAAAAAAAGACAAAGCAACAUUUCCCAAAACAAACCCAGCAUUUGUGAAUCAAUUCAUUUGUAACCGCAAACCUAGGCAACGUUUUCUGUUUAAAAUGCAUCUUGAAUAAAACAGUUUCCAAAUGAA